AUGAGUCUCACCAGGUCUGGAGCUUGGCUUAUGGUUGGAGAUUUUAAUGAAAUUACCAGUAACCUAGAAAAAAAGGGUGGCCGCAAGCGUAGUGAUGCCUCGUUCCUACCCUUCAGGAACAUGCUCGCAAAUUGCGGAAUGAUUGAAUUCCCAUACUCAGGCAACCCUCUCUCUUGGGUAGGCAAUAGAAGUAAUGGCAAAGUGCAAUGCAGACUAGAUCGGGCAGUGGGAAUUGAGGAUUGGCACCACUGUUUUUCCCACACGAAUGUGGAGUAUCUUCGCCUAUGGGGUUCAGACCACCGUCCCAUCCUCUCUCGUUUCCUCUCGGGUAAGAAAACUGGCAGACGUGGUUUUAAAUUUGACAAAAGAUGCAUUGGCAAAGAGGGUUUCCGUGAAACCAUUCUCCAUGGCUGGAAUGAUCCAAGCGCUUUCGACCGUGAUGACCUCCAUGACCGGAUUGAGCUCUGCAGAAAGCACAUAUCUCGAUGGAAGAGAGCUAACCCCUCUAACACGGCAAAGAAGAUUGAAGAAAUCAAAGACCAGCUCGAGCAGGCCCAACUCGAUGACAAUUUCUCAAAUGAGGCGAUCCUGAACCUUAAAUGGAAUCUUUGUGCCGCUUUUAGAGAUGAAGAACUCUAUUGGAAACAAAAGAGUCGAGCUAACUGGUUACGUGAGGGAGACCGCAAUACAAAAUUCUUCCACGCUACUACCAAGCAGCGGAGAGCAAGAAACCGGGUUCUUAGACUCCGACGGGCAAAUGGCUCUUGGGCCGAUACCGAUGAAGAUUUGGAACAGGUGGCGACUGGGUACUUUCAAACCUUGUUCACUUCAUCAAAUCCCUCAGACUUUGAGGAAUCACUACAGUACAUUACUGCAAGAGUAACCCCGGCCAUGAAUGCAGCUCUUACAAGUACUCCAUCUGAUGAUGAGAUCCAACGCGCUAUGUUCGACAUAAACCCUGAUAAAGCCCCCGGGCCAGACGGAAUGACUAGUCUCUUUUUCCAGAAAUAUUGGGGAAUUACGGCUGAGGUAGUACGGAGUACUGUGAAGGACUUCUUUUUGACCGGCACCAUGGAUCCCCGCUUAAACCAUACCAACAUCUGCCUCAUCCCCAAGACGGAGAGACCAUCUGAAAUGGCUGAAUUUCGACCAAUAAGUCUGUGCAAUGUCUCUUAUAAAGUCAUCUCAAAACUCAUGAGCAAGCGCCUGAAGAAAUGCCUCCCGAAAAUAAUCUCGGAAACUCAAUCGGCCUUUGUGGCUAGACGUCUGAUCACAGAUAAUAUUCUUGUCGCACACGAAGCUUUCCACGCCUUGCGAACCAACCCGGGUUGCAGAUCGAGAUCAGACAUACAGCAAUGCUCCGAACUCGUGAGGAUCAUCAACACAUACGGCUUAUCCUCCGGUCAGCAGCUGAAUGUAAACAAGUCGUCCAUCCUCUUUGGAAGUAAGGUUCCCCCGGACAUCAAAUCAGAGCUCAAGCGAUCGCUCGGAAUAUCGAAAGAAGGUGGUAUGGGAGUCUAUCUAGGGUUACCGGAGAAAAUAUGUGGCAGCAAAAAACAGGCUUUUGCUUUCAUCCAAGACCGGCUCCUUAACCGUAUAAACUCAUGGUCUGGGAAACUCCUAUCUAAAGGAGGAAAAGAAGUUCUAAUCAAAUUUGUUGCUCAAGCCCUCCCUACCUAUGUCAUGUCAUGUUUUGUGCUCCCUCUAGAGAUUACUAGAAAACUUACUAGCGCAAUCUCCCGAUUCUGGUGGAGUACUAAACAGGAUAACAAAGGUCUGCACUGGAUUGCUUGGAAAAGUAUUUGUACCCCUCUAGAGAAGGGAGGCCUCGGCUUCCGCGAUUUUCGAAACUUCAAUCUCGCAUUACUUGCGAAGCAACUCUGGAGACUAAACCAAUAUCCAUCGUCUCUUCUCGCUAGAGUCUUAAAAGGCAGGUACUUCCGCCUGUCGACUCCAGUGGACGUUACUAGGGCAAGCUCGCCAUCUUACGUAUGGUGUACCCUGAUGGCAGCUCAACCACUCCUGAAGGCCGGCUUAAGGAGAUCAAUUGGGACGGGCAACAAUACCAUGGUCUGGUCUGAUAACUGGCUCCCGGAUGCCAAGCCAAGACCCGCUACUCCCUGCGGUCCUUCCUUUAACCCGAACCUUCGAGUAAGCGAUCUUAUUGACCCGACGUCCCAUGCCUGGAACCUUACGAGGCUCCAAAGCAUAAUCGCAAAAGAAGAUGUGCCGUUGAUCAUGAGCCUGCGCAUCCCCCGAACUCAGCGCCUCGAUAGCUACUGCUGGGCUCCCACAAAGUCCGGAGCUUACACAGUCCAGUCGGGGUAUGGUCUCGUGAUGGAACUCGACUCCGCACAUGCUCCCCCGUCUGUCUCCGAGCCUAGUACUACCUGCCUAAAAGCAAAAGUCUGGACUCUUAAGACCUCGAGAAAAAUUAAACACUUCAUUUGGAGUGCAUUAUCAGAUAGUGUCCCCGUUUGCAGUCGUCUCUCCGACCGUCACUGCAGUACAGACAGACACUGCCCAAGGUGUGGCGCCGACGACGAAUCAGUAAACCAUUUACUAUUCGAAUGCCCACCUUCUGCCCAGACAUGGGCUCUCGCUCACAUAUCCCAUUCUCCGGGGCUUUUUCCGAGCUCAUCGACUUACAGUAACCUCAAUCAUCUCCUAUGGCCGGCAAAAGGACUAGGCGUCCCGUCCUCGAUCCUAGAUAAUGUGCCAUGGAUUUUGUGGUUCAUCUGGAAAGCCCGAAACGAUAAAAUUUUCAAUGGAACAGACAUCUCUCCGCUUGAUACUGUCCAGAUCGCCUUAUUUGAAGCAGAUAACUGGAGGCUCGCACAGAUCAUACAUAAAACUCAUGAUGAUGAAGAGAUUUUGACUCAAACCAGCGCACAACCCCUCGGCCCCCGUUGUUCUUUUGAUGCCUCAUGGCACCAAGACGACGCACUCUUUGGCGGAGGAAUGGUCCUGACGGAUAAGGAUGGGGAAACGACCUUUGGUUCAUUCACUAGUAACCGAGGCUUAACCCCUCUACACGCCGAGCUUCAUGCUCUGCUGUGGGCCAUGAAAUCCACACUCCAACUGGACCACCUAGAUAUGACCUUUGAAACUGAUUGUCAACAACUGGUCAAGAUCAUCGAAGACGAAAAAGAAGAAGACUGGCCAUCCUUAAUGGUCGAAUUUGAAAAGUUUUACUAUCUGCAUUCUAUGUUUAAUUCUUGCUCCUUAUGUUUUAUUCCCCGUUCCUGCAAUGUCCGUGCCGAUGGCCUUGCAAAAGGCGCUCGAGCCCGUGGUGUUAUCUUUUCCCAUGUAAACUCUAGACUCUCUUGCUGGAUGGCUCAAACCAACCACAUGGAAUUUUCUUAA